AGCGUUUUAAAUUCAAAACGGCUGCCAAAGUAAAACUGCAAAAUUUUUGCGGUCGAUCUUCUUCCGCUCCUAAAACCGCCGAUCUAAAAUUGCGCAUUCACCAGCGCAGCUCGUCCACUCGCUGGCCACGUUGACAUCUGCUUUUCCUCGGUGCUCCCAAGAGUACACAGCCUCCCCCAGCCCGAGAGCCCGACCGAUUGCAGCACAACAGACCGGAGCCCAGCGCCCCAUUCGAUGCUUUGCGCCGUCAAGAGCUCUAUCCAGGAAGAAGCAGUGGACUCGGACGCAGACGCGGCCAGGAGGAGCGCAGCAGCUGUCGUCGUGUAAGGCGGAGACGAAUCAAUAGCCAAAUGGCGCCGAUCUUCCCUCCACUCAAGAACAAUACAGGAACCCGGACGUCGGGUAGCAAGAGCCCCAAGGCGCUGGACUACAAGAAGUGGGGCAACGUCAAGACGUGGACGUUCGCCCAGCUUCUGGCCAGUUCCUUCGCCAAGGUGUCGCUCGAGGACGCCAUGAAGAACGGCGGCAAUUCGCCCACGGUCAAGAACAACAGUAAGAAGCCAAUAAGCGGCAACAACGACUGGGACUGCUCUUAUAGCUGCCUCAAGCCACCGUCUGCGGUGUCAUCGUCGUCGAGUACAGUGCCAUCGGAGUCAGAUACCAAGUCGUCGGGCAAUAAUGACUGGGACUGUUCGUACAGCGGUCUCAAGCCAGUAGCAUCGCGCCCGAUGAUCUCGGCGUCGUCAUCUUCGAGCACUUUACUGUCAGACGCUGAGAUGAACCACCUCAGACACUCGAUCGAGGAGCUUCUGGAGCACGAAGAGACCGUCGAAGAAGGGUCAGAGGAAGAAGGACGCGACCCAACACGUUACGUGUUUGACAUCGUGCGCAUCAUUGGCUCCGGGUCGUACGGCACAGUGCUGCUGUGUCGCUUGCGCGCAUGCCCCAACCGUCUUUUCGCGGUUAAAGUCGUGUACAAGUCAAAGCUCAGCAGUAUCAACGGCCUCGAUGGUGAUAGGAACACCAGUCGUGAAGCUCGUCGCUUGCUGACGGAGAAGAAGGUUCUCUGCUCGGUGAAUCAUCCCUUCAUCACCAAGAUGUACUGCUCGUUCGAAACUCCGGACGCUCUCAACUUUGUGCUCGAGUACUGUCCUGGAGGCGACAUGUACUUCCUGCUAGAGAAUUUUGCCAAGAACCGCCUACCGGAAGACCACGUGCUGUUCUACGCGGCCUCCAUUGCACUGGCGCUGCGUUACCUUCACGAACGUGGCAUCUUGUACCGAGAUCUCAAGCCUGAGAAUAUCUUGCUGGACGAGGCUGGAUUCCUGCGUCUAGCCGACUUCGGCUUUGCCCGCGAACGGAUGAACCGGUCAGAGCAAAGCUGCAAGAGCUUCUGCGGUUCAGCAGACUACAUCGCACCCGAGGUGGUGCGUGGCGAUGGCUACGGUCUGGCUGCUGACCUCUGGAGCUUCGGCUGCGUAGUGUACGAGCUGCUGACGGGAUAUCCGCCGUUCUACUCGCCACGCGACCGUGCUUCGUUGUUCCGCAAGAUUGAAGAGGACGAGCCGAGCUUCCCAACCCACUUCUCUCCUGAUCUCUGCGACUUUAUCUCUGGAUUAUUGCACAAGGACGCGAACCAGCGUCUAGGCAAUGGACCCAACGGAAUGCAAGAGAUCUUUGACCAUUCGUUCUUCGCAAAUAUAAGCUGGCACCGCCUUGAGACGAAGCAAGUGGCUCCGCCGAUCGUCCCCAAGCUGGCCAGCGAGUUGGACACGUCCAACUUCGAAGAUCAGUUCACGUCGCAGCAAGUUGAAGGCCACCUCGUGUAUGAAGAGCGGGAACCUCAGGGUACUCUGUCUGACGAGGAAGAAACCAGCUUCUACUUCGGCGACUUCGACUGGUGCGCUGAUGCAUCUCAUUUCCAAUAAAAACAAAAGAGAAAUUCUUACUGUGAUAGCAACAGGAAACUCGCUUGUAUUGGCACGAGACAGCUAAAUGGAUGCGAAAUAAAUUAUAUGUUGUCCGACCUACACGUGCACAACAAAAUCGCUGUCAGAUACUUGAGUGCGCUGCUCUACGCACUCCUGGAC